UGUUUCGUUAUACUUUCUAUAGAAAAAUGAAGGCCAUUGUUGUUGUAGUUUCGAUUUUAGAAAUUGUUCUUACUUCCAGUGCAAAUGAAGAGAACAACUUCAGACUAUCGAUAAAAGGAGCUAAAGAUGUUCCAAUCCGUGGUUUUCUCCUAGGCAAUCAUGGUUCAGGUACUUUCCCUAAAGACUGGAAAAACUGGAUGCAAAAGCAAAUGGACGACAGACAAACGAAGAUGGAGAAUCUAAUGAAAGGAAGUGAUAAUACAAUGAUGGCGAAGAUCGAAGGGCUGAAACAAUUACUCCAGAACACACAAGGAAAAAUUGAAACAAGCUUGACUGCUAUUUUAAAAAAAGUUGAUUCUAUUCAGUCUAAUCAAGGGGAUAAACAUGGAUAUAUCGGAUGUUUUCUUGAUGCUAGCAGUCGUCACUUGUCACAUAGAUAUAAAAACUUCGGCGAUGCAAUUACCUUGGCAAAAUGUCGGGAAAACUGCAAAGGUUACAAAUACGCUGGCCUACAAUAUAGUGUGCAGUGUUUUUGUGGAAACCAGCUGGAAAACACAAAAUAUCCAAAGAGACCAGAUUCAGAAUGCAACACGAAAUGUCGAGGAGAACCAAGUAGGAUGUGUGGAGGUACUUGGAGAAAUUCUAUCUAUACAGUUUAGUGAAAAAGAGACAAGAACGCAACAGCCCAGAAGUGAUAACCCACCGUUCAAAUAUUUAAAUAAAUUCAUCAAAGCUUUUA